GGUAAAGCGGCGAGCGAGUAAGGUAGCGGGAGGAGGUGGUGGUUUUCAUGUAGCUCGGAUUGCUGGAGGUGGCUCUGGCCAGUCCUCCUGCUUCAAGGAUCGAGAAGCAGUAACGCCAAGGAGGAGAAGGUAGCGGCGAACGGCAGUGGCGUCGAUUGGACUUGGUGUGCUGCGAGAGGCGCAGUGGGGAGGGAGAGCUCAUCGGAGGCAGCGAGACAGUCAGGAGGUGGAGUGAGAGCGAGCGAGAGAGAAGGAGAAUCGGGGGCCCACAGGAUUCUACGGAGUGGGGGGACUCACGGUCGGGCUCGGGGUCCCGUCCGAGAUCCCCACGAAGCCUCAGUCGCUCACAAGAGACCGAAUGUGCGCAUUGGGAGACAUUCCUCUGCUACGCUCUCCUUUCGUAACUGUAAAUUAACGAAAAAUAACAAAUUUCAUUCGCGACAUACGUACACGGCUUGUGAUUGUUUCGUGUAGCGUUUGCAAAGUGAAGCCGGUUUAAUUGUAAACGGAUUCAUCGUUAUACUCGUCGUUACAGUGUGACUUGUGUGUAAUACGUUUGAAUACUGUACACGGACGUUUGUCAACAGAAAAAUUUACUUGUGCGAGCGGGGUCGCGCGACGGCCCUCUAAUGUACACGGAGAAUUUCUGGCGAGACUCUCGAGGUGUAAUUUCGUGAAAAUACAAACGUUAACGGAGAAAGGAGAAUAACGAGGGACAUUAUUAUUUCUUUAUGAAUUCCUGGUUAACCGGGAAUCGUUUGUUGGAAGUUAAUACAAUUUUAUUAGCGUAACCAAUCAGUGCUUUACGGUGGUGCACGACCUUGACUAACGAAGGAGGUUAAGCAUAUCGUGUGAAGGUUACUAAUGGUGGCAUGAACGCAGUGAGGUGACGCGCUUCUCGAUACUGAGUGGCGUUACUAUCUCGAGGGCUCGUAAAAAUGCCGAAGAUCUUUCUGAUUAAGAAUCGGCUGCAUCAGCAGCAACUGAGGCUCCUCGAGGCUCAACACCUCGGCAAGAGUCCACCGGCCAGUGGCAAGGAGAGUCCAUUAGGUGGAUCGGAACCGUUGAGUCUCAUCGUCAACAAAUAUCAAUAUCGAGACAAAUCGGAGGAUGAUCGUGCGACGACUCCUGAAAGUCUGCGCAGCACGAGCCCCGCAGGAAGUCCUCCGCCUCAGCCGUCCACCCCGACGAACACACCCCCCAGACGCUUUAUAUCGAGCAUCCUUGGGGGCGAUGUACCCUACGGUAGCAGAGGUCACGUUCUGACCAGGGCCGAACGCAAGGAAUACAGCAGUCCGCCGAUAGCGCCUAACGAUGGUCAGAAAACACUUCCCAAGUCGGAAAAAAUUGAGCUACCCAGACCAACGACACCCUCAAAAACACCCCGGGUCGAACCACCGACCAGAGUCUCGGUUAUACAGAGGGUGCCUGCACAGACGCAAUCCUCAAGGAGGGAGGAGGCCAAGAUUGAGAUUCCACAGAGCCAAGAACCCGAGCAGGAACAGCCAAUAGAUUACGCUGUACCCAAGAGGAAGGAGGACGCGGCGGACGAUGAACGCGGUCGGGAAGGCGCCAAAGCGUCGCGCACCAUAGGAAAUUCGAUAGCGAGGCCUCUUCUGGCGAUGCGACUUUCUGGUCCGCAAUCCGCACAUGCCGCAGGAGGACACAGUAGAUCGACCACUGCUUCCGGAGGUGGUGGAGGUGGCUCUUCGAAUGCCGGUUCCGGUGGGUCCUCUUCGGGUGGAGGUGGCGCCAGUUAUUCGUCAGGCGGUGGGGGUGGAGGAGCUAUGGGUGGCGGAAGCGGUGGUGGUGGAGGAGGAGGUGGCGGUGCUAUUGGAGGUGGUGCUGGUGGCGGCGGUAUGAAUCCUGGUGGCAAUGGAGGUCGUGGAAAUUAUGGGCCCAGUUCACCUCCCACUGGUUCCCUACCUCCGUUCUACGAGUCUCUGAAGGGUGGCAACAAUCUUGCAAAUUUUGCCAAUCAGUACAACAGCACUCAAGGAAAUGGCUAUCUGACGCCAUCACCGGCAGUAGGUAUGGAGUGUGACACGGGCCAACAAGACGUGAAUGCCCAACAUAGCCAGUACGGUGCGCAGGAAGCCAAGCAGUAUUCUCUUCUGCAAAACGUCUGCGCUUCCUAUGGUCUCGCUCUCAAGGAAGAGGAAGACCUAUCGGCUUAUAAGAUUCAGCCGAAUGAUCUUCUUUCGGGACAAUACGGAACGUAUGACGUAACUGAUUCAGGAAUGAUGGUGGAUAUGGUGACUGGCGCAGUGGUCGAUCCUCUCCAAUUUACGGCAGCUUUAACAUUCAGCUCACCUUCCGAUCACACAGCGCUCCUUGAGAGUCUGAGUGAUGCAGCUGAUUUAUUUUUGCCUCGACUUCCCGCCGAAGAUGGAGGUAACGACCUUCUCGAGGAUUCGCUUCACUCUCCAGCUUCUGCCGGAAGUGGAAUUGGCCAGGACGGUCAAAUGACUACACCCGUCGAGCCAAGCGUCGAUCCUUUUCCUGAGCACAGUAUGGCUCUGAACAGAGGUUUUGACACCUCGAGGCAUUACGCAGCGCCGCAGCACUUCAAUACCACAAAAUUGGCAUCCGGAUUGGCAUAUCCUCCAGGAGAAUCAAGCUAUCAGCCUCUUCCAAAGGAACGACCUGAGUUGGCGUUACAUAUAAAUCAAAAUCAACAUCAAACCGAGCCACAAUUACAGCAACUACAAAUUCAAGUUCAGUUGCAACAACAGGCAGCUGCCGCAGCGGCGGCUGCGACAACCAGCUCGCCACAUCAGCAACAACAGUCACAGCAGCAGCACCACCAUCAGCAACAACAUCAAGGUUUACUGAGUCCUGGCCUAAGCUUCACCGGAAGCGGACUCGAACUUGACUCAGGAAGCAGCGCCGGCGGUAGCCUGCCCAGUCCUGGAGGAGCUAGCUGUUCCUUGGAUGCCACGUCUACGAGUACCUCCCCAUCCUGCGCCCUCAUGGAACACGCUCCAAGCCCUUCGGGAGUAUCAGCUACAGUGAGUGCACCUCCUGCGGGACCCGUUGGAGAGCCCCCUCUCACGCAACGGGUCGGUGUACUACAGCAGAGGCUUGGUCUUCCCGGCGACUGUCAACUGGAAUUUGUAAAUGGCGGACACGGUAUCAAGAAUCCUCUAGCUAUCGAGGGUCAGCGACAGGCCGCUGCCACCCGUGACGAGGAGCGCGCCAACCGACCACCAGCUGGCAAGGAUGACGAUCCCAACCGGUUCACCUGCCGAGUGUGCAGCAAGAAUUUCAGUCUUCAAAGAUUACUCAAUCGUCACAUGAAGUGUCACAGCGACGUGAAGCGUUACUUGUGCACCUUCUGCGGUAAGGGCUUCAACGAUACCUUUGACCUCAAAAGGCACACAAGAACGCACACGGGCGUACGCCCGUACAAGUGUAAUCUCUGCGAAAAAAGUUUCACGCAACGAUGCUCCCUCGAGAGUCAUUGUCUCAAAGUGCACGGAGUGCAGCACCAGUACGCCUACAAGGAGCGUCGCACUAAGGUUUACGUGUGCGAGGAGUGUGGCCACACAACGCAGGAACCGGAAGUACACUAUCUGCACCUGAAGGACAAGCAUCCGUACAGCCCGGCGCUUCUUAAAUUCUACGACAAGCGGCACUUCAAGUUCACAAACAGCAAUUUCGCCAACAUGCUGCUUCAGGUGCGCACAUAAACAACGAGAUGAUUAUCGUAGCGACUCCAUUGAUAACGGGAAAGCAAAAGUCAAAAUCUCAGAGCCGAGUUCAAAGUUAACACGCGUUAUAUACCUCGGGGAACGUUUUGCACGUUUGGCAUUGAUCAUCGGGAUGACGUUAAAGGAAUUUGGAUAGAGAAAGUAAAGAAUUAGACAAAGGGACAGGACAAACGGAAACAAAGUGAAGGGCCACAGCAAUUGUUCUUGCUCGUGUAACUUCAGGGUGGCCUCCUGCAGCGGGAUAAGCAAUGUCUGGAUUCCUGCAUCAAGUCGGCGAGAAAAACGUUCAUCGAGGCAUCCGCAGUGGUGACAGGCAAGCCGUCGGGACGCCUUGGACGCGCCUCGUCCUUCUGACAAGGUGACGUCAUCGUCGUCGUCGUAGCCACGCGUUUUCUUCGUGCUCUCGAGGAACUCCGAUUAAUCAUCAGACUCUUAUGAAUGACCUGAGCCUGCAGUUGGCACGCCUGGUAAAACUUUGUCAAGUUGACCUGGUACUUUUAGUAGCGAAAAGAAAAAAAAAAUUAACACGUUAAAUUUUCUAUUAAUUUAACAACAAAAAAGGCCAAAGUAUUUGCGCAAGGUGUCAACGGCAGGCGCCAUUUUAUACUUAAAUCUAGAACGCCUCGUAAGUCGUAACACAGUAUUUUUUAUCGAAUAGUCGUUAGUACGUGAAAUGAAAAAAAAAAAAAAAAAUGAAAGAGUCGACGUCGCGAUGUUUUGGUAUUUGGGUAAUGGUGAAAUAACAUAAGAAAAAACUAAAAUUAGUAAUCGCCGCGUCACUCAAAAUUUCGAGAGAGACCCAAAGACUCGGAACCAACGUUUCGGGAGUGUUGAUCAUUUUUCUUGUCGCGCACGAAUGAAACGUUUAUUUCUAAUGGGAAACGCAUGGAAAGUUACGUUGAGAUUCCGACUUGGCAGGUUGCUCGAGGGAUUCAUGACGUGAUCGACUGGCCGAGGCGAGAAUCAAUAAAUCACGUCGUCGAUCCCUCGGUCUCUCGAUUUUACACGAAUACCUAAAACUCACAGAUUCAUCGUAUAUCUCGCGGUCGCGAAAUCCUCAAAUUCCGAUCGGAUUGUAUAAUCGAUAUUUCGAGAGAUGAAUUCUUUUAUGAUAUAGAUUAAUUGAUGUCAAUGGAUAAUAAUAAUAAUAUUAAUAUACGUGCACUUGUAGGUGUAACCUGUGAUAUAGGGGGGGAAAAGGACUACUUUUUCCAAACUCAACAUUCCACUUCGUGCGCACGCCAAAAGGAUUCAAAGACACACGGAACACGCACACGGAGAGGACGUACGUGCGCGCGCACAAGGAGACACACAAAAAUACACACGCAAUAUUUCUAUACACGAAAGAGACACGCACAUACACACACUCUACCACACAAUUACCCAGAAAUCGGGGAUUCGUGCAAUUUUGCGGUGGCUAAGGAACUCACGCGUGCGAAACACUCGCGACGCACGAUUCACGCAUCUUCGCGGACUCGUUUUCCUUCCUUUUCGUCAUUCCCUCGAUGCGCUCGGUACUGUCAGCCAUUUUGUUGGCUGCAACGAUCCAGUCGCGGCUGGCGUGUCAACAAAUUUUAAGGAAAUUAAGCCAGCCUGGUUAGCCGAGCAGCGAAGGAAAGACGAAGAGAACGGAUAAUAUAUAAAUAACGGUGGAUGAAGUGGGAGAUCGAGAAAAGCGAGAGAAAGGAUUGCGGGGCUGCAGGGAAGAGAGAAGCGAUUUUUUAUAUUUUCUUCCUUGCGUAACAAACGCGACUUUUCGAAGGACGACGGAAGAUCGGAUCGAAUGAUUUGUAUAUAGAGAUUGAGACGUUGACGAUUACGGUGAGUUUAGAGAGUUGAAUAAACAGGCGCAAUUAGGAUCCUUCGACUCGAGAGUCGGUCGAUUGAAAAUAUAUAUUUUUUUUGUAAAUAAUUAUUAUUAGGUCUCGAGGCGUAUGCGUGCGUCGUGGCUCCUACUCGCUCCGUAACUCUUAGUACCUUGCAUAAUAUGUAUGUUGUUGAUGUACAGUAAGCGUGGGGAAAUUCCCGUAUUGCUUUGAUUUCGAUCCUUAAUAAAAAAGAAGCAAGUCCCUCGAAUUCCUUAAUUUCAUAAUUUUCAUUUUUCUACAAAUUUUCAUAUCGAUCCUCCUUCAUCGGGAAGGGGGGGAGGGGACCUCCCUAGCAAUACUCAUUGAUACGGUUAUUUCCUCAAAGCCCAAUCUGUAUUUACGUUAUUAUUUAAUUUACGUGCAGUAUUGUCCGACGUAUCGACUAGAAUUAUUCAUAAUGUUACAUUAUUAUUGUCAUUACACGUAUCCGUAUUCGUAUCGUCAUCAUUUAAGAUUAUUGUUGUCAUUCUUAUUGAUAAUUUUAUUAAUUAAUUAUAUUAUCGUCAUCGUCUAUCUUUAUUCACAAUAGUAUAUAUUAUUACGUCGUGUAGAUGUAAGAGGUAAACCUCGUUUCAUGACCACUAUCGUCGUCGACGUCACCGUUGCCGUCGUCGUCGACGAUAUCGCGUCGAUGAUUCGUCAAUUAUUAUUGUAUUCUAGCAGGUACGACUAUUAUUAAUAUUAUUAUAAAAAAUA